CAAUGGGUCGCGCUGUUAUUGAUGCCGGGACGCUAUGCGAUGGCGGUAGCACCGGCUCCUGGUCGUUAUGUCGGGGAUGUGAAGCAACAACUGCGGGACGGGUUUGGUCUGUAUAUUUAUCCAAACAGCUUUUAUCAGUAUGAGGGAGAAUGGAAAAACGGGAAAAAACAUGGUAUUGGGAAGUUUCUCAUGAAGGAUGGAAGUUACUAUGAAGGAGAGUUUGUGAAUGGAGAAAUAGAAGGAAAUGGUACCCGUUACUGGGCUUCCUCAGGAAAUGAAUAUUGUGGACAGUUCUCACAGGGAGAGCUCCAUGGAUUUGGAGUGAUGAAGUACUUUGAUGGCGCUCGGUAUGAAGGAGAGUUUCAGUAUGGCAGCCGAACAGGACAUGGAGCGCUGAUAGAUAAAGAGGGCCAAGUGUACCGAGGCUCCUUUCACAACAAUAAGAAACAAGGAGAAGGAGAAAUGCACUAUAAGUAUGGGAGCCACUAUCAAGGAGAUUGGGUCCUGGACCAGCGACAGGGCCAUGGCAUUAUGCAGUAUGCUGAUGAUUCUCUUUAUGAGGGACAGUGGAGAAAUGACCUGUUUAAUGGACAAGGCUCCAUGAUUCAUUGCAGUGGAGUCAUUUAUGAUGGAAUAUGGAUUAAUGGUCAUCCCGCUGCUGAAGCCAGUAAGCUGGUGAUCCUUGGUGAAGAAAUACGGGAGGUGAUGCAAGGCUGUCCUUUCACCAUUGAAGUUCAGCUCCAAAACAACAAAGGCGAGCUAGUGAAAGCUGAAAGUGGGCGAGUGUUGCAGAUCUGGGCAGGAGUCAAGUAUGUUAAGCUCUCCCCAAAUGUCAAUGACACAUUCCUGGAGCUGGAGGAUCUAGAACAGUCCCUUUUUGAAACACCAUUUGGUUACAAUGCCGUCAAUUAUCCCCUGAUGGAAUAUGUGCCAGAACCCGACAAAUUGGUUAACAGUGCUGAAUCAAGUAGAACUGAAAUUACCACAGACAGCUCUAUGAAUGAAAUUAAGAUGGAUUUUCUUCCAAUAACUCAAAGAACACAUGGCUCAUUGCAAGGGUUCCAGUUCUCUCCAGAAGUGGAGAAGGAAUCUUCUGCUCCACCCAAUCAAAGAACAGAAAAUGGUUACGCAGCAUUUUGUAAUAUUGCACUUGCUUUGCCACCAGACAACUAUCGCCCUUUUAUGAUUCUGGAUGAAUUAGAAAAGAAAACAAGCAAGAGGUUGAGCAGCAGAACAACAGCCUCACGGGAGAAGAUAUCUGAGAGCAGAUCUGAAGUAAGUAUCAAAUUGAGUGGAAAAUCAAGGAAGAAGCAGAAUGCCACAAAUCCACAUACUGUGAGACCAGGUGAUUAUAUUAUCAUGGUGAAGGACGUGACAACCCCACCUUUCCUGGGUCACACUCUCCCGCCAGCUUUCAUUCUCCUGAAGGUGAAACCACACAAGCCAAGCAAAAAGGGCAGCAGAAAGGAGCACCACAAAGUAUCCAACAAGUAACGAAAUCCCUGAAGAACAUUACAUCUGAUGAAGUUUGAGCUAUAGCCUUCAUGUAUUAUUUUUGUUUUACACCCUUUAGAUUUACCAUAGCCCCCUUCUUUAAUCUUUCCUUCCUCCACUCCUUCCUCUCUUGAUGCCGUCACUUGAGGUGAUAACUUGGAGCGUGAUUUCAUGUCACACAUUUAUAGCCAUCUAAGAGUGGAGACUCUCAUUCCAUUAGUCUGGGUCAGAGUUGAGUUCUGGUUCUGAGAAGUGAAAGGGAAUAUGCUAAACCACAGUAAACACCCAGUCCCAAAAUAGCCUGCUCUAUAAAUGAGAGCAACAAGUGCACAGAAAGAAAAGUCCCUGCAGAAGCGGAGGUGUCACUUCGGAGCAGUUUUGUACAGAAGUGAAUAGUUGUUUUUGUGUUCUGUUUACUUCAGUUCAUUAAGGUAUAAAUAUUUUUAAAAAUCUCUAUUUAAUAAACCGUGUGUUUGAAUGUUUUCACUUCCUUUAAAACUGCAAAGGGUCUAUAAGCUUCAGAUGCAGCUGGUCGGAGGAAAGUCUUUACGUCUCAUUGAGAGGUUCAUAUUUGUGAAGGAUGGUCAGAUUUGAAGAAAGAUAGGGCAGCAAAUAUUUUCUGAAAACAAUGUAAACAACAUACCAAAGUGACCUGCUUGACCAUCCAUGUUACAGCUUUCCCAAUGUUUUUGUCAGUGUGUAAAUGUGCCAUAUUCAGCAAGAUCAUUCCUUAGCUUAUGCUGAGUUAGCAGAUUUCAGCUGGACUGGUUAUAGUGAAGCUAUCAUUUGCCUCACUGCCUACAGUCAAUUACCGUGCCAUUUAAAUCAUUACUCAUAUGAGGUACCAGGUUGACCUCCAAACUGUAAUACUCUGCUUUUACAGAGAAGUGCUGCACUAUGGAGAAAGAAACGGAGUCACUAGAUUAGCACAAGUACAAUGGACCAAAUGGCCUCCAAUUCUAUGUGAUUAUAGGAAAUGGAAAAACAUUAAGGGGCAUUUUAAAUGUCACCACAGUGCAAGUAUCCAUCUGUUAAGGAUCUACAUUGGCAGCUACUUGUGAUUGGAUUAGUGAAGUCUGGAACACUCCUUUCUGGGUGACUGUCUCUCUUUGGCCUCUAAUAUUUUGAUUUCUCUCUCACUUUUAUUUUUUCUGUGUCUCUGUCCCCAAAUUCUCUUUCCAGUGCUGUAGUGCUUGUAUUCUUUCGGUUUGCUUUAACUAUUAUGCCCGAUGCCUCUCCAUUUUCAGUGUCUGCUGCAAUCUUCAGUUCACCCUUACACCUCUGCUUCAUGAUUGAUAACCACUCUGCUUCCCCCACCUCCCAACAUUGCAACCAUGACUACUCCCCCACCAGCCCAUUCCUGCUCCUCUGUACUCAAUGAUCUUGGGCCACAAUCGUGUCUUUUGUUAAUGUUCAGUUGGAACUUCAGUGUUGCAUCAUUAGUUCAAGAUGUCAUUUAAUUCUG